GCAUUGAAAGGGAGCACUAUUAAAGUGUGAGUGGGGAGGAGGGAGCGCAGGAGUCGGCAGAGAGCGGAGGAAAUGUCGGCGGACGAGCCGAGCGGCGGCGCUCGGAGAGCCACCAAGAGCAAACUAUUUGAGUUCCUGGUCCACGGGGUGCGCCCUGGGAUGCCCUCGGCUGCCCGGAUGGCUCCCCAGGGGUCUGCGAUGGGCCCCCCGGGAGCCCCAUACGGGGCCAGUCCCACCGUCCGGCCCGGCAUCCCGCAGCCUGUCCUGGAGCAGUCCCGCAAACGUGCAGCCCCGCAGCAGGUACAGCAGCAGCAGGCAGCUGUGCAGAGCCGUGCCCGCAGUACCAAGCGGCGGAGGAUGGUGGACAAGAUCCUGCCCCAGAGGAUCCGGGAGCUGGUCCCUGAAUCCCAGGCAUACAUGGACCUGCUGGCCUUCGAGAGGAAGUUGGACCAGACCAUCAUGAGGAAGAGAGUGGACAUUCAGGAGGCUCUGAAGAGGCCGAUGAAGCAAAAGCGGAAGCUCCGGCUGUACAUCUCGAACACCUUUAACCCCGCACGUUCCGAUGCCGAGGAUUCUGACGGCUGCAUCGCCUCCUGGGAGCUCCGGGUGGAGGGGAAGCUGCUGGAGGAUACUGGGAAGCAGAAGAGAAAAUUCUCGUCGUUCUUUAAGAGCCUGGUGAUCGAGCUGGACAAGGAGCUGUACGGGCCUGACAAUCAUCUGGUAGAGUGGCACCGGACGCCCAGCACCCAGGAGACGGACGGCUUCCAGGUGAAGAGGCCGGGGGACGUCAGUGUCCGCUGCACCCUGCUGCUCAUGCUGGAUUACCAGCCCACCCAGUUUAAGUUGGACCCGCGCCUGGCCCGCCUCCUGGGGAUUCACACCCAGACCCGAUCGGCCAUCGUACAGGCACUCUGGCAGUACAUCAAAACCAACAAGCUGCAGGACUCCCACGACAAGGAGUACAUCAGCUGCGACAAGUACUUCCAGCAGAUAUUCGACUGCCCGAGGCUAAAGUUCUCCGAGAUUCCCCAGCGACUGACCAACCUGCUGCUGCCGCCAGACCCCAUCAUCAUCAACCACCUCAUCAGCGUGGACCUCAAUGACCAGAAGAAGACGGCUUGUUAUGAUAUUGACGUCGAGGUUGACGACCCCCUGAAGUGUCAGAUGAGCAGCUUCCUGCUGUCGACAGCCAAUCAGCAGGAGAUCGCAGGGCUGGACAACAAGAUUCAUGAGACCAUCGAAUCCAUCAACCAGCUGAAGAUUCAGAGGGAUUUCAUGUUGAGCUUUUCCAAGGACCCAAAGGGCUACAUCCAGGAAUGGCUGCGGUCCCAGAGCCGGGAUCUGAAGAUAAUGACGGAUGUGGUGGGGAACCCAGAGGAGGAACGACGUGCUGAUUUCUACCAGCAGCCCUGGUCGCAGGAGGCAGUCAGCCGCUACUUCUACUGCAAGAUACAACAACGAAGGCAGGAGCUGGAGCAGGCCAUGGGUGUGCGCAACACCUAGAUCCUUCCCUCGGACAACCACCACCACUGCAACACACACUACACUGCCAUCCCUCUGACUGUCCCCAGCAUCCAGCAGCCCCUGUUUCAGGGGGCCUGGAACCCGUCGUUGUUCCUUCUCCCAUCGUCUACCUGCCUCUGUGGCACCAGCCCGCCCCCGCCCCCACCCAAUGUCAGCCCAGGCUGAACCCCCCUCCCCCACUGCUGAAUGUCCAGUUCUGCUGGGGCUUUCGUGCCCGGCUUGGCCUGGGAUUGGCCGAGGGAUUGUCGCUGUGUGGGCAGGCUGGGUCCAUGGUGUCGCUCAGUGCCCACCAGGUAAUCAUGGGGCGUGGGGAGAGGGGGUGUUGUGAUGGGUCGGGGGGGUGAGGGAAAGAACGCUGGACAUUACCGCAGCGCUGGGAUCCCUCUGCUGAGGAGCUGGACCUUCCUGGGGGGUUGUCCACUGCCUGGUGUGAUCAUUCCUCUGUCCUUUAGCUUAUUGGCUGUCGCUGAGGAGAUCAGUUUACUGUAUCCUGUCAAACGAGCCAAUUGCAGAGCACCACCAAUGGACCCAACAUCUCAUCCAACUCACCGGGACUGUUGCUCCUUUUCCCUCUUUCCCAAACCUCACCAGGACCUCCCACCAACGGUCCCUGCGAGGCUGGGGAUGCAUGGGUGGGGGGGGGGGGGGUGGGGGAGGCGGUGUCCAUGGUUGGGGAGGUCCAUGGGUGGAGGUCCCCCUCCCGGAGCUGAGCCGGAGGUGGGGGUGUGAGUUGGGUUGAGUUUGUCUGGUUCACCCAGUGAUGGUGGGAUAAUGCCUGCCUCUGGGGAGCUUGCAGGACAUGGCGACUGAGGGAAGGGUCAGUGUGGUGCUGCUGUCCUGCACUGUCUGGUGACUGGGUCCCUUGUAGACAGGCUGGCGUUAUCAUGGUGAUCAGACGCAGUCCCCCGUAUCGAACCAUCGAUGACAGCUCAUGGAUUACUUGGUUGGUUUCUCAUGCUGCAGAGUUGGGGGUUUGGGGGCCAGAGGGGGGGUAGGUGGAAGUUGGUGCUCAGAGCUAAAUUAUUCAAAACUGUGCUGUCUCUGCCCUGGGAGUGUGUGACGGGACGGUGUAGAGGGAGCUUCACUCUGUGUCUGCCCUGGGAGUGUGUGACGGGACGGUGUAGAGGGAGCUUCACUCUGUGUCUGACCCUGGGAGUGUGUGACGGGACGGUGCGGAGGGAGCUUCACUCUGUGUCUGACCCUGGGAUUGUGUGAUGGGACGGUGUAGAGGGAGCUUCACUCUGUGUCUGACCCUGGGAGUGUGUGACGGGACGGUGCGGAGGGAGCUUCACUCUGUAUCUGACCUGUGACCUGGGAGUGUGUGAUGGGACAUCAUAGUGUGUUUUACUCUGUACAGUAAAACUCUGAUAAUCCAGCACCCUCAUGCCAGACCAGUAUAUUUUACGGACCGUUGGAUGUUACUCCACUAAAUACCCAAACUCACUCUAAGUUUCUCUUUUACAUGUUACCCAGUGGAAUAAUACAUUUCCCAGUGAACCUGGUGAGUUUAAAUGAUGUGGGAAAUAUACAGCACUCAGGACCCCAGAUCCAACCACAAACCCACCCGGUUCCUGAGCCUGGUGUCCUGGACCCUGACUCCAGCCCCCACACACAGCCCAUAGUCCGGAGCCCGUCCCCAGCCGUACUCUGGACACCGGCUCGCACUCCGGACCAAUGAGUGAGCCAGGUGUCAGGAAUUUCAAACAAUCAGAUGCCGGAUUAUCAGAGUUUUAUUGUAUUUCAAGCAACAAACGAGAAGCUGGGGGACCUCAGUCCAAAUGAAGGGUCUCGACCCGAAACGUCGACUGUCCAUCUCCCUCCACAGACGCUGCCCGACCCGCUGAGUUCCUCCAGAUUCCAGCGUCUGCAGUCUCCUGUGUCUCCAUUUUACUGUAUUAAAUGUGUUUUGGGAGCUU